GCUGGCGGAGGGGCCGGGCCCGGGCGCAGCGGCGGCGGCUCCGGAGCGAAGAUGGCGGACGUGCUGAGCGUGCUGCGGCAGUACAACACGCAGAAGAAGGAGAUCGUGGUGAAGGGCGACGAGGUGAUCUUCGGAGAGUUUUCCUGGCCCAAGAACGUCAAGACCAACUAUGUCAUCUGGGGGACAGGGAAAGAGGGCCAACCCAGGGAAUACUACACUUUGGAUUCUAUCUUGUUCCUGCUCAACAAUGUACACCUUUCACAUCCUGUUUAUGUCCGCCGUGCUGCAACUGAAAACAUUCCUGUGGUAAGAAGACCUGAUAGGAAGGACUUGCUUGCAUACCUAAAUGGGGAAACAUCAACCUCAUCAAGCAUAGACAGAAGCGCUCCACUUGAAAUUGGUCUUCAGCGGUCCACACAAGUUAAAAGAGCAGCAGAUGAAAUAUUAGCAGAAGCAAAGAAACCAAGAAUAGAGGAUGAAGAGUGUGUGCGUCUUGACAAGGAGCGGUUGGCAGCUCGGUUGGAGGGACACAAAGAAGGUAUCGUGCAAACGGAGCAGAUCAGGUCCUUGUCUGAAGCCAUGUCAGUGGAAAAAAUUGCUGCUAUCAAAGCAAAAAUCAUGGCAAAGAAAAGAUCCACUAUCAAAACUGAUCUGGAUGAUGACAUAACUGCUCUUAAACAGAGAAGUUUUGUUGAUGCUGAAGUGGAUGUAACCAGAGACAUUGUCAGCAGGGAGAGAGUAUGGAGGACAAGAACUACAAUCUUACAAAGCACAGGCAAGAACUUCGCCAAGAAUAUUUUUGCCAUUCUUCAAUCAGUGAAAGCCAGAGAAGAAGGCCGAGCACCUGAGCAAAGACCUGCACCAAAUACAGCACCAACGGAUCCCACUUUAAGAAAUAAGCAACCUAUUCCAGCUGCCUACAACAGAUACGAUCAGGAAAGAUUCAAAGGAAAAGAGGAAACGGAAGGCUUUAAAAUUGAUACGAUGGGCACCUAUCAUGGGAUGACUCUGAAGUCUGUAACGGAAGGUGCCUCUGCUCGAAAAACACAAGCUCCAGCAGCACAGCCCGUACCACGACCAGUUUCUCAAGCAAGACCACCUCCAAACCAGAAAAAAGGAUCUCGAACUCCCAUAAUCAUUAUUCCGGCAGCAACAACCUCCUUAAUAACAAUGCUUAAUGCAAAGGACCUUCUGCAAGAUCUAAAGUUUGUACCAUCAGAUGAAAAGAAGAAACAAGGCUGUCAACGAGAAAAUGAAACUCUAAUACAGAGAAGGAAGGACCAGAUACAGCCGGGGGGAACUACAGUCAGUGUUACUGUACCUUAUCGAGUAGUAGACCAACCUCUGAAGCUUAUGCCACAAGACUGGGAUCGAGUGGUGGCAGUGUUUGUACAGGGUCCUGCUUGGCAGUUCAAAGGCUGGCCUUGGCUCUUGCCUGAUGGAUCACCUGUUGAUAUCUUUGCAAAAAUUAAAGCUUUUCAUCUCAAAUACGAUGAAGUACGUCUGGAUCCAAAUGUACAGAAGUGGGAUGUAACAGUGUUAGAACUAAGCUACCACAAAAGACACUUGGACAGGCCAGUAUUCCUACGCUUCUGGGAAACUUUGGACAGGUAUAUGGUAAAGCACAAAUCUCACUUGAGAUUCUGAAUCCUUCAGCUGCCGUUUAUUUCCUGAAAUUGAGAAAAGUGAAAGGGGCUCCAGUUUGGAGACCAGAGCUGGCACUAGAUGAUAUGUCAAGAACUUUACAAAUGAAGAAGGGUCACAGUUUAAUCUUUUUAUAAAAUCUUGUUUGGAUGCUUCAUGCUAUGGCAGGUUGAUAACCUGUUGUUAUUCAGAAGCAAAGGGGUUUUGCUUAAAACUAUUUUUUUAAUGUUGUUAGCCUUCUAGUCUGCAAUCCAAAUUGUAUAUUUUGAUAGCAGCAGUUUCUUCUCUGUUUUGUUAAAUUAGUCACAUUUUAAAAUAAUGUGUUUUGUUCCUUAUUAGAAAAUAGAUUGAUCUUCACUGCAGGUUACAAAUGUGAGCGUGUGCGCAUGUGCGCACGUGUGUGUGUGUAUAUAUGUGUGUGUGUGUCUAUAUAUAUAAUGUAUAAAAAAAAAAUUAUAGACACACUGUGCACACAUAGAUGUUACCAGGCUUUCUAAACCACUUAGCUUCUGAGCUUAAUUUUGGUUUUCUUUGCUUAUUGUUUCACUUACUGACAAUAUUUUGUUGUGAAUGAUGCUACAUUUUAGUCAAUAGGACUUGCAAACUGAGCAAAGUGAAAAUUGUUUUGGAUAAAUCAAAGUGUCAACCUGUAUAUGUAUAUCCUGUCAGUCUUUGUUGAAAAGGGAAGAUGAAAAGUCUAGAAACGCUUUUUUGGAUUUGUAAUGUCCCAGUUUACUAAAUCUUUAAACUUUAUUAUAGGAGUACCUUCAAGUCAUGUUACUUCAAAUUGCCGUUCUCCAUGCAGAUCUCUUUAUUUAAACUGAAAGUGUUCAUGUGUACAUUCCCAUCUAUAAAAACACCUUUACAUAUGAGUCUAAAUGUUACUUAGAUUAAACAAUGAAGAGAGAAGGAGAGAGUUUGGAUUUUUUUUUCCUGAAAUAGUCACCACAAGGAAUGAAUAAUUUCAACUUUUUGCAUUUAUACCUCUGAUACCACCUUUAAUAUUGUUAGCCCAGACUAUGUCUACAGGAAUUGUCAUAUUCUGAGAUGAGUGGCUAAUAUGGCCUCCUAACAGUCCUGCAUUGAAAUGCAAAAUGAGCCUACUCCAUUUACCAAAGAACAGAUUUGCUUGAUCUACAGUAUAACAGACACUAGAAGACCCCCUGGUAUUUGUGUGAAUGUGUGGUAUCUCUGUAUUUAAUAACAUUAAGUUGAUGUUGCAAAGCAGUGGAUGUAGAGAAUGAUCAAUUACUGUAACACCCGCAUGAAUUUUUUUCCAGGAUAGAAAAUAAGUGUUUAUAUUCCUGUUCUUGAAAUGCCCAACCAUGUUUUUUUAAUAUACUUUACGUUUAAGGUUUGAUGAAAGUAAAAUGUUCUACCUAUUCUUCAUUUUUGCUUUUUAUUUGAUGUUACCUUCACUUUUAAUAAAACCAGAAGGCACAUCUCCUUAAGAGGUUUUUUAAAUUUUCUUAAAUUUAUGAGGAGUGUGAGGUCUGACUUCUAGUUACAUGUUUCAAUCCCUGCUGUACCAAGACUGCUAUUUUUAAAUGGUCUUAAUGGAAAUGUAAAAAAGCCCAAACCACCAAACAAAAAACCCCAGUGACUCCAAAAUUAGAAGUUAACACUGGAUUUUUUAAUGGAUUCUGUGAAGUGACUGAGAAGAGCAGCGAAUACAGAACUACUAGAAGUUCUCCUAUUUGUAUGGGCAGUUAGUACCAAGUGACUGCUUUUUCCCAAUACUUAAGCUAUUAUAAAUGUAUACAUGUACUACCUGAGUGAGCUAAAACUUUGGUUUUACCUGUACUAUGAUGAGAAAAGCUCCAGUGGCUAUCAACACAGUAAUUGCUGCCAUGAGGUUCAAUUUAGGGUUCAUUACUGCUUUAAAUAAUGGGAUAUCAUGUAUGGUUUUUUAACUCUCAAACAUUUCCAAUUAAAAAUAAAACUUUGUUCAGACCUAAUAAUCAGUGCUUCAUGGGCCAUGCAGUUUUAAAGAGACUUCUACAAUGGGCAGCAAACUUAAACAGUAAAUUCUGAAGAAAUUAGUGUUUCAUGUACAGUGUGAUAUACAGACUAUACUGUGGUUUUAAAGUAGGCAAGGUCUGAUUAUCUUUUCUCUGUCCUGCGUUUCACUUGUAUUUUAAACGCACGUGUAAUCCCAGGUCCAAUAUCGUAUACAGGAGAUGGCUUGAUUUAGAUGUAAAUUUAUGUAUAUAUUUGGAGUAACUCCUGAAACUAGUGAAGUUAUAUGGAUGUGAGGCUGGCUGAAGAGCAAAAUCCAUGAAGUCUUUGUAUGAACUGCACCAUUUUUAGUGGAUUGAGCGUAGACCUGUAACAACGUAGAAUUUUGUACUUGCAAGCAAUUUACAAGACAAGUUACAAAAGAUGUAUUUGUGAAGGAGCUGGCACCUGAUCAUGCAUAUUUUUGUCAGACAUAAAAGUAGUGAUGUUUAUAAAAUGAGCCAUUUUGCAAUCAGAUUCCUGCUGACAUUAUUGGAAGUUUAAUUAGGUUGUCAGAAUAGCAUUCCUGCUGCCUCCAUAAAUAACUGCACAUAGAUUAUGAAACUACUUGGACUUAAAAAUUUAGCCUUACUGCAGCGUUUUGCAGCACAGCUGGAAUUGUAGACACGUUAUGCUUAAUUUAUAUACAAGUUAAUGUGGAGUAAUAAAGAAAGCCGGUAUUAAGAACUGGGGGAAGCUGGAGGAUCAGACAUCUGUUUUAGUGAGCUGCAUUCUUAUUGUUGAGCAAAUUUGAUGCACUACUUGGAGGUGUAUAAAGUGUGUAAAUUGUACUCAAUUAAAAUGUGUAACUAAAACUGAGCUAAUUCAUGACUGUAGUUUAUUGAACUGUAGGAUACUAGUGUGGGAAUGUGAUACCAAAUUGGCUGCUUCUGUUAAACAUCUUGUGUCAUAACUCUACACUGUUCCAUAAGUACAAGGUGAAUGAGAUAAAACAAGAUGAAAACUGG